AUGGCCUUGGUCAACGACUCUCAAAUCGCAAAGAAACCUGCUAAGAGGUCCCAUACCGGGUGCAAAACUUGUCGUCGAAGAAAGAAAAAAUGCGAUGGUAUGUGUCCCAAAAGCAAAUUCGAUUACUUUUACCCUAAUGCUCACACCGAGGCCGAAUAUGACGAGGAUUUGAAAGAUGCGGAUAAGAGCCUCAGAGUGCUAAUUACCCCAACAGAACAGAGACCAGAAUGCGGGAACUGUGAAAAGGCAAAUGUCGUCUGUGAAGGAUAUGAUCAGAAACUGCUUUUUGAAACCAGGGAGCAGGCCAGGAAGGCCAGAAAGGCCAGGGGAAUAUAUUCAGAGCUGAGACCGGCGAUUAGCAGCCCUAUGAGCUCUACCGGAAACAUUUCAAACAUCUUCCAACCUCAGACUUUGGCGUUCUCCCAUGAUACUCCGUCGACGUAUUAUGGACUAGAAUAUUGUCCCAAUGCCUUGGACUUUGGAAUUGGCUCAUUUGAAAUCCCAUCAGCUCCUUCGAACUUUGAUAUUCGUCCACUUGGCAGCUACGAGGACGGGCCCCGAUACAACACACACUCCUUAAUCCCAGCAAAGGAAGCAUGUACGCUACAAGAGGCGGACUUGAUCCAGAAUGUCGCACAGGAGAAUGUCUUACCUCCGGACCUACCGUAUUUGAUCAGAGGCCUAGAAACAGAGCUUCACAGAUGUCUCUUCUACCACUUCACUCAGACCAUGUCACGGUUGUUAACAAUCUCCAACAGGGACGAUAACCCUAUGAACGUUGAAGUCAUCCCUCUGGCAAUGCGUGACAGAAAUGUUAUGGAAAUGGUCCUCUGCCUGGCUGCUUCCCACCGUUUGAAGUCUCAACAGACCGGAAUUGAGGAACUUUGCCGCGAGAGAAAUCGGCUACAUAAAGACAUUUGUGAUCUGCAAUCUCAUCGUGUUCGAGAUUUCGACAAAAAGCUGAGAAUAACAGAAACAAUUCCUCUCUCGGUUCCAGACCAAGAUAUUGUAGUCGCUACGUCUCUACUUCUAUGCCUGUACGAACUCUGCGAAGGCGCUAGCAAUAUGACUUGGAGAACGCAUCUCGACAGUGCACGUCAGGCUCUAACGAUGGGACCACGAAGUCCAGAAUCAGAUAUAGAUGACUGCGAAUCGGGUAUCAUUAUCACAGAGGUCAAUCCCUUCCUCCUCGAAUAUUUUGUCUAUCACGAUUCUAUCGCGACGGUGACAUUACCAUCGCCCUCUUCAAAACCUCAUUUCCGGGGUUCCUCAAAAUGCUCUUCUCAUAAUGCCUCACUGAUAGGCGUAACUGAUGGUCUUUGCAAAUUCGUCACUCGCAUAUCAGCCAUUCGUGCUCUGGCUGAUGCUAGUCCACGCCAGCCAGACGGCAAUGUAGUUGCACAAGCUGUGGCCAUAUGGCACGAUCUAGAUGACUGGAAGUCAAGAGCCACGCUGUCGAGUAAAUUCGGGAUGAUUGCACAAUUUUAUCAGUGGGCUUUAUGGAUCUGGCUUUAUUCGAUCGUGUACCCUGACGGGAAAGCAGACGCUGCUGUACAAAAUGCGGUCCGGCUGAUGGCUACUGGCAUGAAUCAGAUCAAGUGCGGAGAUGGAGCGAUGGCCUGCCUACUUUUCCCGCUCUUCAUCACCGGCUCCGCAGCAAUCAAGGAUGAGGACAGGACCACUAUUGAGGCGCACUUCCGGCGGCUUAAGGAAUGGAGUUCGCUCGGCAACAUUGACGUUGCGCAAGCUGUGGUGAAGAAGAUGUGGGCGAACCAUGACAUGGGCCUGCCGAAUUCUUGGGCCUGGGUGAAGCAGCUGGAGAGUAAUGGCAUGAGCAUUCUCGUCACCUAG